CCCCAGGUGGGGUCCCCCUGUGCCCUCGCUGACCCCGACUCCGAGCGGCGGCUCCGGGCGGCGGCGGCGCGGGGCGGUCACACCCUCUACAUCCCGCGGGGGGCGCUGUGGGGCUGCGAGGACAUCGCCCGCAUGGACAGCGCGGGGACACUGCAGGCUCUGAAGGUGACAAUGACCAAGGCCCCGGGCAGUGGUCCCCUGCGGCCGCUCUGUCCCCUCGUCCCCAACAACGUCAACACCAUGGCGGCCGCGGCGCUGGCAGCGCCACAGCUGGGCUUCGACGGGGUCACCGCCUGCCUGGUGGCAGAUCCAAGGUGGGGACAUUGUCACCUCUCUGUCACCUGUGUCACCUUCUGUGUCAUCUGUGUCACCCUGAGUGUCACCUGUGUCACCAUU